AUGACCCUCAACAUCCAACCUCACCCCCCUCAGCCGUCCGUCAGCGAACGCAGAGGCCAGCGUCUAGCUCCCCUCCAGACCAACUUCAGUCGUCCCACUGCCCGUCUGUCCAGUCUCCCCGUUGCUCGCACCCAGCAGCGUCCUCGUCCCUCCGAUGCGACUGAAGCGACGGGCGAACGAGUCCCGCUGCAGCCUCCCCCGGUCAAGCGCCAAUCCUCCAAGUCGGGCCUGCGCAGUCUCUUUGGCCGCGAGAAAGCAGCCCGCAAACCCCAUCUUAAUCUCAAUAAUCAUAAUGACUCCAAGCUGGCCGAGAUCGACGAGGGCCAGUCCGUUUCAGUCUCGCAGACCGACUCCGCGCUGGACGCCCCCGUAUUAUCGCCAAGUCUCUGUGCCACCCCCAAGACGGCUCUCACGACACCCACACUGGUCACCUCCCCGACGGUAGCGCACUCGCAGCGAGCCAAGAUCCAGGCGAAGAACAGCAACCCGCGCUCAGCCAAGUCCGGUGAGGAUAAGCCGCCGGCCAAUGACCCCAGCUGGAAACCGCCUCCGCUGUUCCAGGCGUAUCCGCAGUCGAUCAAGCAUGGGACGUUGUCUGCGCCGGCUUUGUCGGCAGAUUCCAUCUUGCGCAUUCACGCGACUUCGUCGAGGGGGAGUAGUUCCCGGGACGAGGAGAUGCAGAUCCACAACAGUCAGGUGCAGAAUAGUAAUGAAUCGGCAGAUGCCAAUGCUGCCCGGAAGAAAAAGGAGGAUAAGGAGAAGAAACACCUGCGUUCGUUAUCGGAGACGAUUGGGAAAACAGACUGGACGCAGAAGAUCUAUGUGCUAGCGACGUCGGGGUACAUCUUGCAGUAUGCCGGGUCUGGGAAGCACGACCGACUCCCCGAGAAGAUGAUGCAGUUGGGUCCCAAGUCGGUGGCCUUUGCGAGUGACGCCAUCCCCGGAAAGCACUGGGUUCUGCAGGUGUCACAGAGCUCCGAGGAAGAUGGCACGACUGCGUUGGAAACGCCCAAGCCGCUGUUUUCGCGUUUAGGGUUUCACCGGUCUCAUACGCGCAGGCUGGCCCGCAGCUUUCUCAUGGUUUUUGACACCCCCGACGAAUUGAGCUAUUGGCUUUUGGCUGUUAGGGCAGAGAUCGAAGCCCGUGGGGGCAAGAAAUAUGUUUCCGAGCGGGUAUUUGACGAUGGGAUGGAGUCGCAGCUGCGCUCCAAGCCCAGCGUUCGGCAAAUGGUGACCAAGGAUCCCAAUCGGUUUUCCAACUCGUUCCUGCAGCCCCAGCAGACUGGUGCAGGUAUUGCAGAGGAACACGAGCAAUCGAUCGCGGGGAUGAAUUCCCGCCGCAGCUCGUACAUCUCCGUCAACCGUCGUUCGAUCGUGAAUCAGCCGACUCCCGAUUCUCGCUCCGGGUCGGUGUCCACGACUCAGACUGAUGCGGUAGCUUCCCCCAUCACCAGUCCUGGAAGUGGACGGUUCUAUUCUACCAUUUCUGCGAGCAGCUCGCCGAUGGUGGGAAAUGGCGCCGCCCCAGCGCCUGGGUCAACGUCUCUGGAUGCGCCUCGAAGCCCGACCUUUGCUAGUCCGAGAAAGCGACAAUCCAUGUACAUGUACAUCCCUAAGCCGUCAGCAACGCCAUCCAUGGAAGCUGCAAAGCUCCCUCGCCCACAAUCGACCGCGCCGGAUCCCCUCGUUCGAAGCACAUCACCCCCGGCACCCAACUUCAGCGUCCCAUCUUUCAGCAAGAGAUUCGCAUCGAGAACCCCCCAGUUAUCACAGAUACCCCAGAUUCCGAUCCACCCUUCUCUUCGAGAUUACGAUGAUGACGACGAAGACGACAUCAACGCUAUUGCCUCCUUCCCUUCCCCUCCCCAGUCCCCCAGCCGGAGCAUCUCCAGCUCGGGCCGAAAAGAAUCCACUGACCAACACAUAAUGACGCCCCGCGAAGCGGUGGCCAGAAAACAAAUCCGCGUCUCCAACUCCGAGGACUCUCUGGCAGAUCCUCAACGGAGUCAGGAACCGAAGAUCCAGUCCUUUCCGCGUGCUCCUCGAGGCAGCAUGAUCUCUCCCUCCAACCACAACCACACCCCGCGUCCCAUCAGCUUCGUCGCUGAAGACGACCCAUCACCAUCAACCUCAUCCAACGACCUCCCUCAACACCCACCUCCACCCGCAGAGGACCGCCGACAACAGCAGCCGCAGAGCGGCCGCACCUCAAUCCUCUACCAAACCCACCGAGCCAAAUCCCCGGCCCCCCCCAAGAUGGCCCACCGAAAAAGCAUGCCCGGCUUAUCAGCCGGUCCUCCUUCUGCUCCUCCCCCCAACUGUCCUUUACCCAAAAUCCCGUCUCCAAUCGAUCCCCCUUCUACCGAAGUAGCCUGGGAAGAUCCAGCUUCAUCAGCAGCUCAGUCUUGUAAAUCACCACCCCCGAAAGCCGGAAGAGAACGAAGAAAAAGCUCCGCUGGCGCCGCUGCACCGCCGACUUAUUCUUAUACCCCGAGACCUUCCAUGGCGAAUCGUCGUCCGAGCAUGCCUAACAGGAUAUAA